CUGAUAUGAUACACAAUUCUCCCCUCCUCUACUAUGUCUUACAACUUGAUCGUAACAUCCCACGCAUCCAACCCCACCGCCACCCCCGUCACAGUCCCCAUAUACGCCAACAAAAUUCCCAUGGUCGCCAGCCCGCCCGCAUGAAGCGUCGGCACCGUCAUAUUCACCAACCCCGUAAGCAAGUUCCCCAGCAAAAACACCGCCAGCCCAUUCCUGUUGUACGCCUUCAGCACCCUGCUCGUGGCCGUCUCAUACGCCUCCUUCUCCGCCCUCGCAUCCCCCGCGCUGUAAAACUGCGGAAAAAACACCACGUCCACCACCGCAAAAGCAAACAGCAGCCCCUGGUUGAACGCCACAACCCACAGCGUGUAAGGCAAGUUUGCCAACCUCCUCGACACGCUCAAACCAGCCCCGUACUUGUAGUCCGUCGCCAAAAAGUACAUCCCCAUCCAAACCGCCGCCCAGCUCCCCAUCUUCGUCAGCAGCACUUUUCCAGAAGCUUUUGAAGAAGAGCCCAGGCUCCUAGGCAGCACCACCAUCCCCAUGUCCUGCCCGGCCAAGAAGAUAGCUAGAUACCCCCAAAAACUGCAAAUCCCCUCCCUGUUCAUAGACAGCAAACUGUCCCUCACCCCAACCAAAAUCCAUCCUUUGAGCUCCGUCGUCUCCAAAACGGUUUGAUACCCUACACUCAACAACACCGCCAACCCCGCAUACGAAGGCACUACCGCCAGCGCAGACUGGAAAAGCGCCACAAACGGCGGCAGGAAACCCAGAGUGAAGAAAAAGUUCCAGUGAACUCCAUACUCGGUCACGUGCUCCGCGUAGUCCAGCCCUUUGACACUGAGUAAUCUGACCACUCCCAAGGCGAGAAGGGGCAAAGAAUGACGGAAUGACCUGAUCAAUCUUGUGCCGAGGGGGGUGGUCUGGCCCUCUGCGCGCUCUUUUAGCAGAGGCCGAGAGGCGACAAUGCCGGCAGAGUAGACAAACGACCCGACGCCCAUGUCCAUGAGGGAAGUCCCCCAGGUCUCGACCUUGGCGAAGCGGCGGGGGAAGAGGCGGAAGUCGACGGCGAGGAUGCAGAUGCAGGUCACUACUAGCAUGUUGCCGCGGUAGUUUGUCAGGAAGGGCUUUGUGGAGAGCACCGAAAGCCCUUGGGGGUUGGUGGUGGUGGAGGAUUUCGCAUUGCUGGGUCUAGCUGGCUUCUUUUUGGAGGAGGAGGAGGAUGGUGGAACGGCGUAGACAAAGGCUGCGGCGGUGAGGAGGAGGAUGUUGAGGAGGAUUGGGGAGCUCGAGUAGAGGGUUACUGAGAGGAGGAGGGCGCCGACGUUGAGGAGGUAGUCGAUUACGAAGGCGAGGGGGGUAUAGGGUUUGAAGAAGGAUUGGCGGGAUUGGAGGACGGACCAGAGGAGGGUUACUACCUGAAAGUUUUGUUAUGUCAGUGGUAGUUGAGGUAUCACAUCGGACGGUCCCUCAUACUGGUGCUACGGCGCAAACUUGAGCUACCUCUAUCACCGAACCGCCUGACAAGUUGGACACGAAAUCCUCCUUCAGCUGCUUGUAGCUGUGAGCUGUUCUCGCGGCGUUUGCGCCGGUGUCGGGUUCGGACAUGGCGGGCAGACAAUAUGGUGCGGAAGAGGGGAAAGUAAAAGACAAAAUUGUUUCGCUAUGUUUCAGACAACAUGACAGGACAGCAGAGAAGUAUAUGGGAUGGGAUGAGAAGUGAUAAUCCAGAAUUCAUGGACGCCAAAUGCCAGCUUGCGGCUUCCAGCCGUCAAGGUGCCACCUGUGUUUAGGGCAGCCAAUGGCGAGCUUCAGAGCUCUCCCCAGCCUGCCAAGACCCUGCAGGGGUCCCUGUCCCAUUCUGAGACGCCUUCAGCUCUCACAUCUGAUUGGUCGAAUAUGAACUUGAAGACAUCUGACAUUCCCAGUCCAACUUUCGCCUCCAAUAUAUGUAUGCCUUCUACCAUCACCACCUCGAUUCUGACUCUAUUAUCUAUCUUACACUCUUAUUCCAAGAUAUUUACCACAAUAUGAGACGCUGCCAACAGUGAUGUGCGGCAUGAUCCGUCAAAGAUCUCAAGGCCAUGGGCUCGGCCUUGGCAGAGAACGAAAGUUGCGAAGAUGAUGUGUCGGUGGUGUGCUCCGAAGAGUACCCUCCUUUGUUCAUGGACCCGUCGCACUGGUUAAUGGCGGGCACUAGGCGACCAGGCCCACAAAGCAUAUUCGACCUAUCGCCGACAAGGCCUAGAUAGCUACCCGUGACAUCUCAUAACUACUAGUUCGAUCUGCUUGUCCUGUGUCAGGAGAGAGACCUCCUGCCGCCACUGCCUUUGUUCGCGACACUCAGCCCAGGCAUCUUGCGGAGCUUUGUCUCGCAUCGCUGCGUCUGACUCAACCACCGUGUACUCAUCUAGUAUGGCUUUGAGCCCAGGGAACCUUUCAGCCUGGAAGAAAGGGAAGAUGAAUAAAAGCAGCAUGGCCGGGACUGUCUCCCAUCACCAUGAAUCGACCUUGCAAAGUCCGCCCGCCCGUGUAUCUAGUACGACACCAGCCAAGAGAACGCUGGAUCUCUCUACCUGGGGUGUCAUAGCAACAUCUGCAUUGUUCUUGAACUCUGCAACACCAAAACCGCUAUCAUGGAGACCCAGACGCGACCUCGCUCGCGCCCAGAUUUGUCUCCUGUCUAUGUCGACCACCGUGAACACCAGGAGUACUGUAAAGGCCCAACAUUCACGACCCGUACCGGUGCCCUUUUCUCUAUUGCCACCUUGAGAUCAGACCCACCUCCCAGCGCCAUGCUACCAGCUUCUGGCAAUGAUAUAGCGAUGAGGCUACACGAGCGAGCCAUGAUAGAUAGCCUAGAUCACCGAGGAAGGCACCUCGAGCCUCAGUGCUCCCCUGGCACCGCCCGCUCUCUGUCGCCUAUAGUCGAGCACGGGCUAAACUCUCGACGAGCGUCCAUGGCAAGCUUGCCUUUGCCCCGAGUGCCAGCUCCUUCCCCGCAGUCACCUUCUUUUCACCAUUACCCCAGAAGGCCAACCCUCGCCUCCGAGACGCGAUCAAUACUGCUGUCAGGAAUAGGAGAUCAAGGCUCAAGGCAUCCCGAUGGUUUGCCGCGAAUCACCAGCAGCAGCUUUGAUGACCGUCGUCAGUCUUUGCCGUCAUCAUUUGUGACACCGGCUCCACGAAGGAACAGCCACCAGCUGCGGCAGGAGCUCCAAGCUUGGGGUCAUGUCUUUCUGGGCAACGGAUCAGAGGCACAAUGCUUCGUUUCGGCUGUUCCCCUCAGGAGAUCCAGCGGCAAUUCAUCGGCAGACGACGAAGAUACAGUAAUGAAGGACGAAACAACGCCAGUCACACCGGAACCACCCAACCAACUCACAGUUCGUGUUCGAGUUAGACCAUGCGCUCUGGACCGAAAACCUUUCCUGUUAACACGGACGUUUGACAUGGAUAUGCUCAGGGCUACCGUCCCGGAACCAAGUCCCGUGCUGGAGGGGCCUAGAAGAAUAUCGGCCGACGCAAGGGGCCGGAACUUGUUUCCGACUGGCCAUCGUCAAUCAUCUGUUAUCUCGACAGGAGAGGCAAGCCCAGGGCCUGAAAAUAUAUUACAAAUUCGAAGUGGAAAUACCGUUCCCAUCCACAAGCCAUAUGCCUGUGCGUUCUUUCCCGUCUUGGCCGCGCUUCUGUAUUCAAAGCACAUCCAGCCGCGCGACAUCGUCGAUCUCCCGCUGCCUCACCCCGAAGUCUGGGGUCGAACGGUGGCUCAUGUAUAUACAGGCCAAGGGGAGCUAACAGAGGCCAUCAGCCAGAACAUCUUGUACCUGUGUGGUAGGGUUUGAGUUCUUUCUUCCGGCCUUCUCUUUUCGGUUGGAAGAAAUAUCACCACAUGACCUCUGGCGUUAUCUCU